GAGGCUAUUUUUGUUUGAAGCUGAUACUUCUAGCUGAGCCACAAGUACUGCUUGGAAAGGGCUGAGGUUGUUUCCAGGGGGAGAACUCUGCAGAGAAGAGGCAAAGUUCAACAGGACCACGGAAGGCAGCUGAAAACAGGCAGGAAAAACAAGAGCCCUCACAUUCGCGUCCUCUCCCAGAGUUCUCUGAUCCUCCCGGAAUUCUGCAAAGUACCACUUGACUGGAACUUUUCACCUGAUUGAUUUCUGCCUCCACCAUGACUGAGAUCACCACAGAAGGAAAUGCAUCUACAACCACAACUGUGAUAGACAACAAAAAUGGGUCUCUGCCCAAGUCCCCUGGAAAGGUGCUGAAGAGGACUGUCACCGAAGACAUCGUGACCACCUUCAGCUCCCCUGCAGCCUGGCUUCUGGUCAUCGCUCUGAUAAUCACAUGGUCAGCUGUGGCAAUUGUCAUGUUUGACUUAGUGGAUUACAAAAACUUUUCAGCAAGCUCAAUUGCCAAGAUUGGUUCAGAUCCUCUAAAAUUCGUAAAUGAUGUUGUUGAUGAAACGACUGACUGGAUCUAUGGCUUUUUUGCUUUGCUGUCUGACAUCAUCUCAUCUGAAGGCGAUGAAGAAGAUGAGGAUGCAGAUGAGGACAUUGAUAAAGGAGAAAUAGAAGAACCUCCCUUAAAAAGAAAAGAAAUGCACAAAGAAAAGGCUGAAAAGCAGGAGAAACCUGAGAAGAAAAUGCAGACUAAAGUUUCACCCAGAGAAAAGGAAAAAGGAAAAGAAAAAAUGAAAGACAGAGAAAAACCUGAGAAGAAAGCAACCCACAAGGAGAAACUUGAGAAAAAAGAAAAAGAGAGAAAGACAAUGGCAAAAGAGGACAAGAAAGUUAAGACUAAGGAAAAGACCGAAGAAAAGACGAAGAAGGAAGUGAAAGUUGGGAAACCAGAGAAAGGGAAGCCAGCAGCUGCCAAAGUAAAAGAAGCUCCUCCCAAAUCCCCACCAAAGGACAGGGAGAGGGAUGACAAAGAGACCGCAGCUGUGCCUGGGCAUGAACAGAAAGGUAAACAUUCCGAGGAGGCUGCAGCUGAAGGUUCUAAGAGAAUCUUGGGCAAGAAGCAGAUGCAGUCAAGUUAAAAGCU